AUGGAUGCACAAAGGGUGGUGGUGAUCCAAGAUGCAUCAAGAGAAGUUAGUUCAAGUGCAGUGAGGUGGGCUUUACAGGGCUUAUCACUUAAGCCUGGUGAUAUGCUUACCCUACUUUCUGUUCUUCAUCAGGUUUAUACCCCUAGUAAGUCACUUUAUGCAGGAAGCAAGAAGCUAUUGGGAUAUAAAAGUAGAAUUGAUUCCAAUUCCAUGUUUGAUGUAAAUGAGAAAAUUAUUGAGAGAGAAGUGGCAAAGAAGAAAGAAGAGUAUGCAAAGAACGCACAGCUUGUUCAGAUUUCUGAACUUUAUGAGAAAGAGAAGGUUAAAUUUUCAGUGCAGAUAGCAACAGGACCUUCGCCAAAAGUGGUAGCUUUAAAAGCAGCUAUAAGUUUAGAGCCAACGUGGGUCAUACUUGACAGGCAGAUGAAGAAGAACAGGAAGUACUUCUUGGAGAAGCUUUCAUGUGGAAUAUCAAGAAUGAAAAAGAACAAUAUUGUUGAGCAAUUGAGAGGACCAAGAACAGACAGAACAAAUGUAUCUUCUACAGAGCAAGAUCGUAGCUGUCAAGUAACUUAUGACGAUAUGCUGCCAGGAUCACCUGAUGACCUUUUCAGCAUUGAAAUGCGUCCAAGAGUAGACAAAGAGAACCUACCUGCUCAAGAAAUAACAAAGCAGAGCAGUAACACUGAGGAAGCAAGGGAAGAGUGGCAACUCGAAGAUAUUCUUCAACAUUCAAUAUGUAGCCUUUGUAAAAAUACAAGACCAAAUAGGAUAUGGCAAAGGAACUUCACAUAUACAGAACUCCAUACAGCUACAGAUGGUUUUUCGCCACGAAACUAUCUAUCUGAAGGUGGAAAGGGAUACAUCUUCAGAGGUCAACUAAAAUGUAAUAAUCUAAAAAUAAUUGUUAAACAACAUCAAAAUAUAAUCCCUGAAGGAGAGAUGGAUCUCCAAUCAAAAGUAAAUAUUCUCAAGAAAGCUAGACAUAAAAAUGUGUUGAUGCUUUUAGGGUCUUGUACAGAAGAAAGUCUAAAGCUGCUUGUAUAUGAGUAUGCCUGUAAUGGUUCAGUGAAUCAACACCUAUCAAAGCAUUGCCCCUUGCCAUUGACAUGGACAGAGAGAAUGAAAGUAGCAUUGGGUACUGCUAGAGGUUUAAACUAUUUACAUGAAAACGACAUAGUUCACAAGAAUCUCAGAACAAGUAACAUUGUUCUAACACAUGACUUUGAACCACUGGUAAUUAAUGACAUAUAUAAGCCUACAUAUUAAACAAUUGUUUUGAUAAUUUUACACAUAAAAAAGAAAAUUCUUGAAACUUUGGGACAUAUACCUCCAGAAUAUUCAGGAAACUGGAAACUUUCUACUGCCCUUGAUGUUUAUGCCUUUGGUGUUAUUCUGCUAGAGCUGAUUACUGGCCGGAUGGUUACGGACAAGAUUCGUGGUGGAAAAGGUCUUGUGGGAUGGGCAAGACCACUUCUGAAAGAAAGAAAGCUCCUUGAGAUAGUUGAUCCUAGAAUUGGCAACUCCUAUGAUGCAGAGCAACUCUACUGGAUGGGUCGAAUUAUACAUAAUUGUCUUAACAAAGUUCCAAAUAAAAGAUUAACUAUGGACAAGGUGGUCUGUGCACUGGAAUGCGUCGCAGAUAGGCGAGCUCAAGAUCUAAUGGAAGAUGUUUCUGCAGUGAGAUCAUAUCUAGUUCGCAGAUCGUCUAACAUGAAUGGACAAAGAAGCUGUAAGAAACCGUUUGAACAGGAAAGCUUUAGAGGAUUACACGUAGAAAACCAAGCAGAGAAGGCUUACAAACUUGAGGAUUCAAGUGAAAGUGCACUAUUUGCUAGUCAAAAAGGCAAAUUUCAGUCAAGUGGAAAAGAAAAGAAGCUUAUUGGUGAUAGAAAGGAAAAAGAGAAGGGAGAUUAUCAAAGCAUUAAAGCAAAGGGCAGAAAAUGGAAGAAUCAGCCAUGUUCACAUUGCAACAAAAAGGGACAUGAUGAACAUUAUUACUCGUAUAGACCUGGAGUGCAAUGCAGGUCAUGCAAGCAGUUUGGCCCUGUUGAAAAAGUUUGCAAGGCCAAAAAUGAGCUCCUGUUGAAAAAGUUUGCAAAGGCCAAAAUGACGACAAUCUCAACAACUCAAGUUGUUGAAGAUUAG